AUGCAUGUCCUCUUCUCAGUACUGAGACUCACGUGUCUCAAGUUGUGUUCUGGCCUUAAUGAAUCCCAGUUCCUCACGGUGAGGUUAGAGGUUGGCAAAGUGGCGGUCAUUCACCAUUGCAAAUGGUUUGUCUGUCGUUGAUUGAAUUUAAACAUUUUGCAACGCUUUUUGAACACCCGCUGGUUCAACCACUGUGUUGGGAAAUAGGCUAUUGUAUCUUCAUUCAAAACACCCCAUGCUAUGCUUGAUGCGUGUACAUGGUUGAAGGCUAUUCCACACGUAGGCCUAUGUUGUUAUCCUGAUUGAGUGUACGUACGUGGUCAUGACAGUGUGUGUGGAUAUGUGUUCCUUCUCCCCCAGCUGGACAUCAGCAACGUUGAGCCUCAGAAUGGUUCAUGUGAGGGGGCGGUGGUCAUCCUGGAUGCUGGGGCUCAGUACGGCAAGGUGAUUGACAGGCGGGUCAGAGAGCUGUUUGUCCGCUCAGAGAUCCUCCCACUAGAGACGCCAGCCUUCGCCAUCAGAGAACAAGGCUUCAGGUGAGACUGACUGACGUCAAACUUGCACCUGGGUGGCGUUUACAAGUCACCGAAUCUGGACCAAAUAGUGUGAGAGAGAGAACCUGUCAGAACAAUGACACUGUGAUUAUUCCCAAGAUCUCCACUUUAUCUGUCCAUCGUCUGUGGAGGAACACAGUUGGCAGGACAGCCUGUGAGAGAGCCUGUACUGCCCUACAAAGGCAAAACGCUGUAGCUGUUUUACUGCAAAAUAUGAUUUCAAAGUAAUUUUCUGUCUAGACACAGCAAUUUCUUAUACUCCAUGAUAUAUUCUGAUCAACUGGCUUGUUCUUGUGUCAGAGAACUAAAUACCACAUUAAUCAGAUAAUAUACCUGGCCAUUACAACCGAUCAAAGAUGUUUGAUCAAAUUCAUAGUUGCUGCGUUUUGCCUUUGUAGGGCAGUGUAGUUCUAUAGAAAAGGAACACCGUUGUCAGGACAGCAUGAGAGAGAGCCUGGAGUUCUACACAAAAGGAACACCGUUGUCAGGACAGCCUGAGAGAGAGCCUGGAGUUCUAUACAAAAGGAACACCGUUGCCAGGACAGCAUGAGAGAGAGCCUGGAGUUCUAUACAAAAGGAACACCGUUGUCAGGACAGCCUGGGAGAGAGCCUGGAGUUCUAUACAAAAGGAACACAAACCAGUGGCUAGACUAAGCAGGUCUUUUGUAAAUAUGUGAAAUAUUACUGUACAUUUUCUCUUAUCUGACCUUGGAGGGAGUGUGUGUUCACACAAUUCUACAGCUUAGGAGAGGUCCCCAUCUCUCUGCAGAGAGGAUAGAGCGAGAGGGCAGGGGGGGCUUUUUAGGAGACAUUAUUUUUUCCAUUACAGCUUGCGAAAUCAUCACUCCACCCCUACAGAAUAGAUGCACACGCACACCUUUUUAAGAAUGCUUCAGUUUGAACAGCCAAUAGAGAAUGUCUGCACUGUGAGCACACUAGAGAGAGGCAGGGUUUUCAAACAGCUGUAUGCUCAUGUGUAUGCUAUUAGUCUGAAAUGACUACUCUGUUGUAAGGUUAAGUUGAUUGUUUGUCUCUUUGAAUAUUUAUCCUCCUUCCUUCAACCCUUUUUUUACUUUCAUCCCCCAUUCUCUCUCCAGAGCGAUCAUCAUCUCUGGUGGUCCUAACUCUGUGUAUGCUGAGGAUGCCCCUUGGUUUGACCCUGCCAUAUUCACCAUUGGAAAGCCUGUCCUUGGUAUCUGCUAUGGAAUGCAGGUAGGAGGGCCCUGAGAAAUGCACAUACAUGAAACCUUCCUCCAGAAGAUCUUAGCAUAAAACUCAGGGUUCAUGACAUCACCACCUAGAGUUCAAUAACAGUGUGUCUAGACGGAUCAAUUGGAUACAACCCACUAAUAAUCCCUUUAUGUACACAUCACAUACAAAUGAAAGGAGAUCUUUCAAUCGAUACAAAAUGCAGAUUUACGAGGCUAAUGAUCAAUUGUCCUGUCCACAGAUGAUGAAUAAAGUUUUUGGAGGCACAGUACACAGGAAGAGUGUGAGGGAGGAUGGCGUGUUCAACAUCGGACUGGACAACACCUGCUCUCUCUUCAGGUGGGUUGGAAGAACUAAUGAUUCUUCAGACAGUUUCACCAUAACCACUCAGAGAGAAGAGGUGAAGGGAUCGAAGAGCCAAAACAAGUGUUUUUGAUUGGUUUGUCCCAGAGCCAUGCGUGUGACGCAAUCUGGAUCAAAAUUCCAACAGUCACAUACUGCCGUUCUCUUUCAAGUGUUAGUUUCGGUAUUUCACUUAUGGGAUAUACCGACUCUCGUAUUGCCAGACAAGCUUAUCCUGACGACCGACUGCCCUGUGCGAUAUAUCGCACAAAUGGGCCUAAAGGUAAAACAGUAUGCGCCUGGGUCAGUGCAGAGACAUCAAGCCUAUAAAACUUCACAGAUGUAUGAGGCGAAGCCCAACUCUCUGCUGAGCAAAUAUCUUGGAUAGAUAUGCCCUUAAAUAAAGCCCAGGACAUAGCCAUUCCUCUAGUGGAAUGAGCCAUAGGCCAGCAGGAGACUGAAGACCCAUACUUGUGUAGGGCAAAGCAAUAGCCCCCACUAUCCAGUGGGAGAGUUGUGUUUAGUGAGCGCUUUACCCGUGUAAAGUUUUGCCCAGGAAAUGAACAACUGAUCACAUUUUCUAAACCACUUAAUCCUGUCCCAUGUAAAUGCGCAGAGCACAUAGUGGGCACAAUGAAUGCAACCACAGAUGUUCCGGAGAGGAAAACAGUGGGGGAUAAAAGCUACCAGCUCAAGGGGAAGACACAUCAAAUAUGGGUGUCCGCUGUCACUAUAUCUAUUCGUUAUGGCCAUCGAAAUGCUAGCUAUUAAAAUCAGAUCAAAUAACAUUUAAAAAAAAACAAUUUAGUCAUUUAUCAGACGCUCUUAUCCAGAGCGACUUACAGUUAGUGAGUGCAUACAUUUUCAUACUGGCCCCCCCCCCCGUGGGAAUCGAACCCACAACCCUGGCGUUGCAAACGCCAUGCUCUACCAACUGAGCUACACGGGGCCUGAAAUCCAAGGCUUAAAAACAAAUGUGUCCAUGUAUGCCGAUGACUCAAGUUUUAUAUUAUGUCCGCAAGCUAGAUCCCUGCAAUGUUUCAUUGAACAUCUAGAUAACUUUUCUGGACUCUCUGGACUAAAACCUAAUUAUGAUAAGUGGACAAUAUUCCAUUACCCUGCAGUUUACCUAUAAAAUGGGCUGAUGGUGAAGUAGACAUACUUGGUAUUCAUAUCACAAAAUAUAUAAAUGAGCUCUCCACAAUGAAUUUCAAUAGAAAACUAGUAAAAAAUAGACAAGAUCCUGCAACCAUGGAGAGGUAAAUACCUGUAUUUAUGGAAAAAUUGCACUGAUUAACUCCUUAGUCAUAUCUCAGUUUACUCACUUAUGGCGCUGCCUACUCCUGAUUUGAUCAAAUCAUAGGAGAAGAAAAAUAUUUAGCUUUAUCUGGGAUGCUAAACCAGACAAGAUAAAGCGUGCCUAUCUAUAUAAUUGUCUGUUUUUAUGUAAGCCACAAAAGUUCUGACUAGAAUAUGAUGACCCUCUAGAAAUGGGAGGAACUACUUUUUAAUGCUAGGGACACCGCAAGGAGUUCCAGGCUGUUUAUGUGAGUAGAAUGGAGAUGGGGUCCCCACACCCUGUUCACCGUUCUGCCCUCGUGGGUCGCACACCCCCAACCUGACAAGAGUUGUGUCCGUCCUGACUACUUUUCUGCCUAAAACAAUGCAUAUCUGGAGAACCUGUGACCGAAACGUCGGGUGUCUCCAGGAGUGUAGUGCUGCCGUGCAAUCUAUGGAGAUCUGUACACAGUGAUGUUUGUGACGUAUUGGGCUCAGACCUAGAGAAGAGACCCAGCGUUGACACCCUCUCACAUUCAAGCGUCCUAAUGGGAUUACUACUAAAGCCGAUGCCAUCAAACCUAGCAGUCUAGGCACGUUUUGAAAGACACCAGGUUCCCUCUGCGAAAACAGUGCUAGGCAAUUCUGGAAUGUUCUACGUUCCACUGUGAGGCGAGCUUUGAAUGAUACCAAAUCUAGGGUUAGACCUAGGAAAGAGAUUGUCUGUGUGGGAAUCAGAACGCUCUUUACUGUGUUUAUUUUUAAACCUAGAAAUGUCAGGUGUUCCAAAAGCAGUUGACUGUGUUCUAAGACAUCCUGUCUCGAUUAAGCGCAUAGCAGCCAAUCGUCUAUGUACGUCAACAGCCUAAUGCCCCUCUCUCUAAGUGGGGCUAUGGCUGCCUCGGGACACUUUGUAAAAACCUGAGGUGACAGUGAGAGGCCGACAGGGAGGACCAGAAAUACAUAGAAUUACGCCUUGAAAAGGGAAUCUGAGAAAUGUCCUGUGAGGAGGGUAAAUUGAGAUGUGAAUGUAAGCGUCCUUCAGGUCAACGGAUACGUACCAAUCGCCUGGGCGCACAGAACAUAGCAGAGCAGUGCGUCAACAUUCUGAACGUGUACUCUUUCUCAUGUGCCUGUUCAAAGCACAUAGAUCUAGGAUCAGGCUAUUACCGCAGUAAAAACCGCAGUGGCUUUGCUCAGGAGGAACAAUUCUUAUUUCCUCCCGGAAGACACACGCUGAUUCCCCCUGAGCCUUUGGAUCGAGGCAGGGUGACAGCGAAUUGUAGUCUGUAUCCCGUCUAUCGUGACCUGUACCCAGUUUGACACUUUGCAUGCCCGGCAGUUUUCUCUCUCCGCUCCGAGAGAGGGCUGCCGGGGCUUCACCCCACUGUCGGGGAGAGGGUGUACAACAAUCCGCAACGCACUGCACAUGCUCGGCUGGCCCGUACCGGGAAAGUGCUUAUGUGGCUCCCUCUGAUGGCGUUAUAGGGAGGCACCCUGUUUGUUUUGAUCUUGUGAGAAACAACGUCUGACUGCGCCCUUGGCCUGUAGCCUGGUUGCGCUAGUGGUAACAUUUUUAAUGUGAACUGACAUUGGGGAGUGUUUUGUAGGGGCAUUCACCAUUGUCUAUUUUGCUCUUUGGGCUUUACUCUGUGACCACUGACUUGGGACCGGUACGCCGGAAAGAACACUGAGGUGCCUGGGAACUUGCGCACUGGAACAGGCUCAGGAUUGGUGGAGGAAAUAGAACGGUGCUUGGGGGAGGCCGUUCUUGCCUCUUUGGCGAUGGGGACACCGCUAGGCCAUUCGCUUCUUCCUCUUUACCCCCAGGGUGGGGUUAGGGGCCAGCUGGCUCCUUGGUGUCGUGUGGGGGGGGGGGGGAUUCUUAGACCAGGGGCCUUUAGGGUCCAAGGUUCUCUGCUGCCCUGGGCUCGCAGCCUGGGGGGCUGGACAUCUGGGGAUCUUAAAUGUUGAGGGGUCGACCUGUUGCAGCCUGAGAGAAAUUGCGGCGAGGCACUGGGCUGUGUCUUCCUGGGCAGUGAGAGCUGGAGGGCUUCACACUCCCUCUUCUUCUCCUCGCACCGUUUCUGCAUCAUCUCGACGGUGGAAAAGGCCUUUAGGAUCUCCCAGAUCAUCCAGGAUCUUCAGCUUCUCACUGUCAGACACUGUGGAUAGAUUGAUCCAUCGCGCCCUCUCCUGAGAUAUCUUGAGCCGUCAUCGCUCUUCCUUAUGCCUGGACGGCGGCUUUAAGCAGACGCAGGUUGAGGUCUGUGGCAAUGCAGAUCUCGUCCAACACCCCCGGCUCCAGUGUGACCAUUAUCUCCUCCUGUAGGUCAGCUUGGUAUGCCGAGAGCAUGGAGGCACCGCUGUGGCGGCCGACCUGUAGACCUUCUCUGUCGCGGAGGACUGGAAGCGCUCGUACUUGGUAAGGUGGGGCCAGUCGAGGUCAUGGAGGACUUCUGGCUGGGGUGUAGAUGGGAAGCCACCAGGGGUUCGAUGGUAGGCAUGUCGGCAAGCCCAAUCCCUUCCAUGUCAACACAGUCUAACACCAACCCACUUUGGACAGGGUUCUUGGAGGAUAAAGGUGUACUCCAGGUACUGGUAACCUCCUCCGGGCAUUCUGGGAAGACUGGUAGUAAUUGCCUUGCCGCCCGUUUGGCUUUGGGUAGCCUCUUACCUUCGCAGCGGGACGUGGUGGUCUCUGUUACUGCAUUGGGCCAGGGAAUCACCAGUUUAUCUACAGCGCGUUUGCACACAUACUGCAGGUCCACACCGAGAGCUGGUGGGGAUGGCCUGCGUCUCCGGUUUCAGAUUCCCCGGCAGGAGGCUUGGUGGCCUGGCCUGAGGGGAUGAAGGAGUCUUCGUCUCCGUCCGAUGAUUUCAAAAGGAGGCUGUCGGAAAACCCCAUGGUGUUGUUGCCGUCUCCAGUCAGGAAGCCUGGCAGGGAUGCCGCGAGGUCGUUGCUGGAUUCCUCCAGCAGUGGGUCAAUGGCGUCGAGCUGGUCGCUCCAGGAUUCCCCGUGGGGAUAUCCAUUGCCUCUGAUGAGCCAUUGGGGACGCCAUCCCCCAUGUUAGGGUCCUGUUGACUCAGGCUAGCUUGGCGUGCCUGCUUGCGACGGAGACUCGGCACAGUGUGGACAGGAGCUGGGGGAGACUAAUGCUUCCCUGGCAUGUUGCAGCCCAAGGCAAGCGAUGCACACCGAGCCGGUGUCCUUGACCGAUAUCUUGUUUCCACAGGAGCAGAUUCGUGCUGGGAGCUUCUCCUCGUUUGGAGUGGGAGAUGCUUUUGUUCUUUUGAUGCUUGUUUGUUUUGAUGCUUUUACUUCCUGUCUGACCUUUUGACCCUGUGUGUGACUUGAUGUUGUCAGGGGCCUGAAGAAGGAGGAGCUGGUGCUGUUGACUCAUGGCGACAGUGUGGACAAGGUGGCCGAUGGCUUCAAGGUGGUGGCUCAGUCAGGGAGCAUCAUUGCAGGUAAGCAUUCUGGGAAAGGAUCCUGGGCCUGGAGGAUAAUUUAUAUUUGAGACUCAUUUAGUCUACCGCCAUACUUCCCUGCGUUCAGUCAAUUCCACAAUAUGAUCAUGAAGCCCAUUGGCCCUCCAUGCCCUUCUUCCAUCCCCUGCCCUUCUUCCAUCCCCAACCCUUCUUUCCCCUUGUCUUUGACCACCCACACCUCACCACUGCCCCCCGGUGUUCUCUGACAGGUAUUGCCAACGAGCAGAAGAAGCUGUAUGGGACCCAGUUUCACCCGGAAGUGGACCUGACAGAGCGGGGCACAGAGAUAUUACGUAACUUCCUGUUUGAGAUCGCCGGCUGCACCUCCAACUUCACUGUCCAGAACCGCCAGCAGUCCUGUAUCACAGAGAUUCAGGAGAAAGUUGGCAAGUCCAAAGUACUGGUGAGUUAUCUAUAGUAUGGUUAGAUGCAGUAUGUGGGUGUACAGCAUGUGCCCCAUAGUAUAGAACAUAGAGACCCUGGGAGGGGGAGGGCGUAGUAAGUCAAUCUGAGUUAUUAAACACUCAAUUAGACAGUGAAAUUAAACUGUGUUCUCUGCUGAAACGAUGUGAUCGACUCCCUCUGCUCUCAGAAAGUAAGUGUGUGUGUGAGAGAGCGAGAGAGUUUUUCUAGUCCUGGCGUUGUGUUGCUUGACGUGUCUGGUCCAAUGUUGUCCCCAGGUUCUGCUGAGUGGCGGGGUAGACUCCACGGUGUGUACGGCCCUGCUGAACAAAGCUCUGAACCAGGAGCAGGUGAUCGCGGUGCACAUCGACAACGGCUUCAUGAGGAAGAGAGAGAGCCAGAGCGUUGAGGAGGCCCUCACCAAACUGGGCAUCAACCUCAAAGGUGAGAGGUCAAGCCAAGCUGGGUGUCAUCCUCAAAAGGUGAGAGUCCUCAAAAGGUGAGAGGCCAAGCUGGGCAUCAACCUCAAAAGGUGAGAGGUCAAGCCAAGCUGGGCGUCAUCCUCAAAAGGUGAGAGUCCUCAAAAGGUGAGAGGUCAGGCCAAGCUGGUGUCCUACACCUGUCUAGAAUGGACUCAUGUAGCAUACAUGUGCCUGGAUGUGUAUAUAAAAACAUUAUCACUGACUGAACUAUACUUCUCUCUCUCUCUCUCCAGUGGUGAACGCAGCACACACCUUCUAUAAUGGCACGACGACCCUGCCCAUCUCCGACGAGGACCGGACGCCACGGAAACGCAUCAGCAAGACCCUCAACAUGACCACCAACCCUGAGGAGAAGAGGAAGAUUAUCGGAGACACCUUCGUCAAGGUACUGUCUGUCUUGCCUGUCUGUUGUCUAAGUUGAAGAUGACAAGGGUUAAGUCGAGAUAUUUCUAAUAUCCCAUAACUCUUUGCAACAAUGGACCAGCUAUGCUAGUUAGCAACGGCGCUGGUCCCAUGAACCUGUUUAUUUUUGAAAAGCUUCCACAUGGAAUCAUGACUUGUCCUAAACUUUAUCUUAGUCUGUUGUCUGUCUGAGAGUCUGUCUGCGAGUCUCUUUCUGUCUGUCCUUCUCAAAAAAAUAGAUAAAUCAAGACUAUUGAAUUAACUUCUUGUGUGUGUGAUUGGUGUCUGUAGGUGGCCAAUGAGGUGAUAGGGGAGAUGAACCUGAAGCCGGAAGAGGUGUUCCUAGCCCAGGGCACCCUGAGGCCAGACCUCAUAGAGAGUGCUUCUCACCUCGCCAGCGGCAAGGCAGAGGUCAUCAAAACACACCACAACGACACAGAGCUCAUCCGCAAGCUCAGAGACGAGGUACACACACAAACACACUGAGACAAACUUCAAACACAACCUUGAAAGCGCGUAUCAGAGCUGUCUGAGCCAGAGGUGGGACCAAGUCACUAUUAUUCCAGUCACAAGCAAGUCUCAAGUCGAGUCCCAUGUUGAGCGGGUCAAGUCCAAGUCGUGCAGUCUAAAAGCAAGUCAAGUAAAAAAAAUCUAUACAGGCAAUGACUUGUUUAACUACAAAUCUUUGUCUAUUUAUUGAGGCUACCAGACGGCCCUUUUCAUUAUUUAGUCUACAACACAUUUUGAUGAAGUAAUAAUGAAUCUUGACAAUAUAGAUGGGUGGGUGUUCCACCAGGAACUAAUGGACUAUAAGUGGGGUGUGUGGGGACCGCAUUGAGUGUGACACAAGCUGUAUCAUGUAUGAAAUGCAGAGGGUAAAGUAAACAUUGGACAUCGACAGUAAUGUUGUCAGAUUCCCUUAUUCACCUGCACAUUUGCAGACAACAAAUUCCAAAUGCAAGCUUCAUAAGUACAUUAGCAAUUUCAAGCAAUUUUGACAUACCAAAAGAUGAGUAGGCCUAUGCUAGUAAUUAUUUUAUUUUCUAACAAGUCAAGAGUCACAAAUUUCAUGACUUGAGACAAGUCCAAGUCAUGUGACUCGAGUCCACACCUCUGGUCUGAACUGUCUCCUCUCACUCCCUCCAGGGAAAAGUCAUUGAGCCGCUGAAGGACUUCCAUAAGGAUGAGGUACGGGCACUUGGCAGAGAACUGGGACUGCCAGAGGACAUCGUCUGUCGACACCCUUUCCCUGGUCAGUACCCCACCGUACACACACACACACACAAUAGAAUGUUAUAUGUAGUCAUGGAACAUUUGGAACCAACAUGGAGAAUAGCAGAAUGUUUUGCAGUAUGGCUGUAAUGUUAACCCCAUCCUCUCCUGUAGGGCCUGGCCUGGCCAUCAGAGUGAUAUGUGCAGAUGAGCCCUACAUCUGUAAGGACUUUGCUGAGACCAACAAUAUCCUCAAGAUCAUCACAGACUUCUCUGCCAUGGUCAAAAAGGUCAGAGAGCAGAGCAUCACUAGUCUAUGACGGGAAAACAGUGCUAAUAACAGAGCUCUAGAAUGGACUGUUGAUGUAAUUGACCCCAACUUUCCUUCUUAAUGCACCAACAUGCUGAUAACUAACUCUUUAUGUCAGACUAGCUAAUAAUAAACAUAACCUACUGUCCCUCCAGCCCCACACGUUGCUGCAGAGAGUGAGGUCAUUUUAACUCUACCCACAUGUACAUAUUACCUCAAUUGCCUGGACUAACCUGUGCCACGGCACAUUGACUCUGUACCGGUACCCCCCCCCUGUAUAUAGCCUCGCUACUGUUAUUUUAUUUUACUGAUGCUCUUUAAUUAUUUUUUAUUUUUUACUUAACAUUUAAUUUUCUUGAAACUGCAUUGUUGGUUAAGGGCUUGUAAGUAAGCAUUUCACUGUAAGGUCUACACCUGUUGUAUUCGGCGCAUGUGGCAAAUAACAUUUGAUUUGACUAGCUAAUAAUAAUAAACAUAACCUACUGUCCCUCCAGCCCCACACGUUGCUGCAGAGAGUGAAGUCGUGUAUAUCAGACGAGGAGGAGGAGAAACUCCUGCAGAUCACCAGUCUCCAUUCACUCAAUGCCUUCCUGCUUCCAAUCAAGACUGUUGGAGUCCAGGUAACACUUCUUACAGUAUACUCACACUAACCACUGCUCGCCACGAGGCUGGUCUCUGUCUAUGUGACCUUUGACUUCUAUAAUAAAUACAAAUAUAUAUAUAUAUAUCUAUAUAUACAUGCAGUGCAUUCGGAAAGUAUUCAGACCCCUUGACAUUUUGUUACAUUACAGCCUUAUUCUAAAAUGGAUUAAAUGAAUACAAAUCCUCAGCAAUCUACACACAAUACCCCAUAAUGACGAAGUGAAAACAGGUCUCUGUUUGCCUCUCUGGUGUAGGCCAGUAGUGUAGUGUACAGUAUCUCUCCCUGUUACUCCUUCACCCGGCAGCCAUCUCCCAGUUACUCCUUCACCCGGCAGCCAUCUCCCAGUUACUCCUUCACCCGGCAGCCAUCUCCCAGUUACUCCUUCACGCGGCAGCCAUCUCCCAGUUACUCCUUCACCCGGCAGCCAUCUCCCAGUUACUCCUUCACCCGGCAGCCACCUCCCCGUUACUCCUUCACCCGGCAGCCAUCUCCCCGUUACUCCUUCACCCGGCAGCCAUCUCCCCGUUACUCCUUCACCCGGCAGCCAUCUCCCCGUUACUCCCUCACCCGGCAGCCAUCUCCCCGUUACUCCCUCACCCGGCAGCCAUCUCCCCGUUACUCCUUCACCCGGCAGCCAUCUCCCCGUUACCCCCUCACCCGGCAGCCAUCUCCCCGUUACUCCUUCUCCCGGCAGCCAUCUCCCCGUUACUCCAUCUCCCCAAAUAAAUGCCCACCACACCAUGACUGACCCACCGCCAAACCGGUCAUGCUGGAGGAUGUUGCAGGCAGCAGAACGUUCUCCACGGCAUCUCCAGACUCUGUCACGUCUGUCACAUGUGCUCAGUGUGAACCUGCUUUCAUCUGUGAAGAGCACAGGGCGCCAGUGGCGAAUUUGCCAAUCUUGGUGUUCUCUGGCAAAUGCCAAACGUCCUGCACGGUGUUGGGCUGUAAGCACAACCCCCACCUAUGGACGUCGGGCCCUCAUACCACCCUCAUGGAGUCUGUUUCUGACCGUUUGAGCAGACCCAUGCACAUUUGUGGCCUGCUGGAGGUCAUUUUGCAGGGCUCUGGCAGUGCUCCUCCUGCUCCUCCUUGCACAAAGGCGGAGGUAGCGGUCCUGCUGCUGGGUUGUUGCCCUCCUACGGCCUCCCUCCUUACUCCUUCACCCGGCAGCCAUCUCCCCGUUACUCCUUCACCCGGCAGCCAUCUCCCCGUUACUCCUUCACCCGGCAGCCAUCUCCCCGUUACCCCUUCACCCGGCAGCCAUCUCCCCGUUACUCCCUCACCCGGCAGCCACCUCCCCGUUACUCCUUCACCCGGCAGCCAUCUCCCCGUUACCCCUUCACCCGGCAGCCAUCUCCCCGUUACCCCCUCACCCGGCAGCCAUCUCCCCGUUACUCCUUCACCCGGCAGCCAUCUCCCGUUACCCCUUCACCCGGCAGCCAUCUCCCCGUUACCCCCUCACCCGGCAGCCAUCUCCCUGUUACUCCUUCACCCGGCAGCCAUCUCCCCGUUACUCCUUCUCCCGGCAGCCAUCUCCCCGUUACUCCUUCUCCCGGCAGCCAUCUCCCCGUUACUCCUUCACCCGGCAGCCAUCUCCCUGUUACUCCUUCACCCGGCAGCCAUCUCCCUGUUACUCCUUCACCUGGCAGCCAUCUCCCUGCUACUCCUUCACCCUCUCACUAUAACAGGAUGGCACUGCUACAGCCAGUGCUCUCCUCUAAUCGCCGAUACUGGGUCAGAUAUAUUUGUUAAUAAUAAUAAUAAUAAUAAUAAUAAUAAUAAUAAUAUGCCAUUUAGCAGACGCUUUUGUCCAAAGCGACUUACAGUCAUGCGUGCAUAUAUUUUUUUACGUAUGGGUGGUCCCGGGGAUCGAACCCACUACCCUGCUAAUAGUUAGGAUUGGGGAGGGGCAAUCUGAUCCUAGAUCUGUGGUUAGGGGCAAUGUCUGUUUGGCUGCUCUCACUAGUCAAUGGGUAUUUUGGAGAUUUACUGCUCCAUCCAUUCAUUUCCUUCAGCCCCAGGCUGUGGCUACACAAUGUGUGUUUGUUGACAAGUGCAUGGGUAAUGGGAUGGUGACACAGCUGGCUCCGCCCAUUCAGUGGUGUGUGUCUCCUCCUCACUUCCUGCUGAAAGCCACAGAGGGAUAUAUUUACCCCAGAAAGACUAAAUGUGUGUCUGUGUGUGUUAAGGGGGGCAGGAGAGCCACAGGAGGGUAUAAACAGAGGGGCUUAUUAUUCUCUGUGGAGUUUGGCUGAGAGUAUAGGGAAAUGACUAACAGAAAGGCCUCAAAUCCCCCAGUCUCUUAAUGAAGUCUAAAUGGGAAGGAUGGACCCCAAUAGAUCACGUUUUAUUGACUAAUCAUCACAAUAAUGAAGUGUUGGUCAAGAGAGAACGACUAUAGCAUACAACAGUGGUCCUAGCCAAAGCUCUAGUGUGUGUUUUCUCUCUCUCUGUGUGUGUGUGUAGGGUGACUGUCGGUCCUAUAGCUAUGUGUGUGGGGUCACCAGUAAAGAGGCUCCUAACCUGUUCUCUGUUUCUGUGUGUGUAGGGUGACUGUCAGUCCUAUAGCUAUGUGUGUGGGGUCACCAGUAAAGAGGCUCCUAACCUGUUCUCUGUUUCUGUGUGUGUAGGGUGACUGUCGGUCCUAUAGCUAUGUGUGUGGGGUCACCAGUAAAGAGGCUCCUAACCUGUUCUCUGUCUCUGUGUGUGUGUAGGGUGACUGUCGGUCCUAUAGCUAUGUGUGUGGGGUCACCAGUAAAGAGGCUCCUAACCUGUUCUCUGUUUCUGUGUGUGUAGGGUGACUGUCGGUCCUAUAGCUAUGUGUGUGGGGUCACCAGUAAAGAGCUCCUAACCUGUUCUCUGUCUCUGUGUGUAGGGUGACUGUCGGUCCUAUAGCUAUGGUGUGUGGGGUCACCAGUAAAGAGGCUCCUAACCUGUUCUCUGUCUCUGUGUGUGUGUAGGGUGACUGUCGGUCCUAUAGCUGUGUGUGUGGGGUCACCAGUAAAGAGGCUCCUAACCUGUUCUCUGUCUCUUUCUGUCUCUGUGUGUGUAGGGUGACUGUCGUCCUAUAGCUAUAGUAGUGUAGUGUUCAGUAUCUCUCUCUGUUUGGGCUCUGUGGUCAACUUGCCUGGGUACCCAAACUCCUUGCUCCGUCCAAAUUGCCACGCCCACAGAUGUUCGUUUUCUUCUCAGCAAUGCGUCUGGAUCUGAGUACCUCCCUGACUAUUUCUAGAACGCAAACACAUUCUGACCUUACUGAUUGGUCCCAGAAACCGGGGGUUGGGCCAGAGCCAGAACACACAUGGGUAAAGCAGCAUUUAAAAAUGUGUUAUUGGCUUGGAUACUCUGAUUGGUUAGAAAUUAUCCAAUCACUGAUGACUUUGUUUUGUACAACACCCCUCAUUUUGACAUCACCACAAACGACUUCAACGAUGGGAGUCUCAGACGAAGUAUGUAGGGAACAAUUCAGUUUGAGUCAAUCAGGCAAUUGCUUAACAACGCCUACUAUGAUACAAUGGGGCUAUAUGUCUGUCUGUCCCACUACAUUACCUAGGCUAUAUGUUCUCUGUCUGUCCCACUACAUUACCUGGGCUAUAUGUCUCUCUGUCCCACUACAUUACCUAGGCUAUAUGUCUCUCUGUCCCACUACAUUACCUACGCUAUAUGUCUCUGUCUGUCCCACUACAUUACCUGGGCUAUAUGUCUCUCUGUCCCACUACAUUACCUAGGCUAUAUGUCUCUGUCUGUCCCACUACAUUACCUAGGCUAUAUGUCUCUCUCUGUCCCACAACAUUACCUAGGCUAUAUGUCUCUCUGUCCCACUACAUACCUAGGCUAUAUCUGUCUACUCCUACUAGGGGGCUAUAUGUCUCCCUGUCCCACUACUUACCUAGGCUAUAUGUCUCUCUGUCCCACUACAUUACCUAGGCUAUAUGUCUCUGUCUGUCCCACUACAUUACCUAGGCUAUAUGUCUCUCUGUCCCACUACAUUACCUAGGCUAUAUGUCUCUCUGUCCCACUACAUUACCUAGGCUCUGUGGUCAACAACAGCCUCUGACCCAGUGGGCUAUAUGUCUCUGUCUGUUUUUCCAUCGGUUUCUUUCGCGAAUCCAUACAAGCUUUGUUUGCAUUAAAGGAGCAAUCCAUAGUGUCUACACUGUAGAACAGACAACACACAACAGGACAAACCUCUGUCUCAUUCUAUCUUUCUCUACUUCCUUUUCUGUCCCUCCUUCUCUGACAGUGUGUGGUGUAGCUAGGCCUAAUGUUAGCCAGGACUAGUUUAACACUCCCCGUUACUCCUUCACCCGGCAGCCAUCUCCCCGUUACUCCUUCACCCGGCAGCCAUCUCCCCGUUACUCCUUCACCCGGCAGCCAUCUCCACCCGGCAGCCAUCUCCCUGUUACUCCUUCACCCGGCAGCCAUCUCCCUGGUACUCCUUCACCCGGCAGCCAUCUCCCUGGUACUCCUUCACCCGGCAGCCAUCUCCCCGUUACUCCCUCACCCGGCAGCCAUCUCCCCGUUACUCCUUCACCCGGCAGCCAUCUCCCCGUUACCCCCUCACCCGGCAGCCAUCUCCCCGUUACUCCUUCUCCCGGCAGCCAUCUCCCCGUUACUCCUUCACCCGGCAGCCAUCUCCCCGUUACCCCCUCACCCGGCAGCCAUCUCCCCCGUUACUCCUUCUCCCGGCAGCCAUCUCCCCGUUACUCCUUCACCCGGCAGCCAUCUCCCCGUUACCCCCUCACCCGGCAGCCAUCUCCCCGUUACUCCUUCUCCCGGCAGCCAUCUCUCCGUUACUCCUUCUCCCGGCAGCCAUCUCCCCGUUACUCCAUCUCCCCAAAUAAAUGCCCACCACACCAUGACUGACCCACCGCCAAACCGGUCAUGCUGGAGGAUGUUGCAGAACGUUCUCCACGGCGUCUCCAGACUCUGUCACGUCUGUCACAUGUGCUCAGUGUGAACCUGCUUUCAUCUGUGAAGAGCACAGGGCGCCAGUGGCGAAUUUGCCAAUCUUGGUGUUCUCUGGCAAAUGCCAAACGUCCUGCACGGUGUUGGGCUGUAAGCACAACCCCCACCUAUGGACGUCGGGCCCUCAUACCACCCUCAUGGAGUCUGUUUCUGACCGUUUGAGCAGACCCAUGCACAUUUGUGGCCUGCUGGAGCUCAUUUUGCAGGGCUCUGGCAGUGCUCCUCCUUGCACAAAGGCGGAGGUAGCGGUCCUGCUGCUGGGUUGUUGCCCUCCUACGGCCUCCCUCCUUACUCCUUCACCCGGCAGCCAUCUCCCCGUUACUCCUUCACCCGGCAGCCAUCUCCCCGUUACUCCUUCACCCGGCAGCCAUCUCCCCGUUACCCCUUCACCCGGCAGCCAUCUCCCCGUUACUCCCUCACCCGGCAGCCCACCUCCCCGUUACUCCUUCACCCGUCAGCCAUCUCCCCGUUACCCCUUCACCCGGCAGCCAUCUCCCCGUUACCCCCUCACCCGGCGCCAUCUCCCCGUUACUCCUUCACCCGGCACCAUCUCCCCGUUACCCCUUCACCCGGCAGCCCAUCUCCCCGUUACCUCCUCACCCGGCAGCCAUCUCCCCGUUACUCCUUCUCCCGGCAGCCAUCUCCCCGUUACUCCUCUCCCGGCAGCCAUCUCCCCGUUACUCCUUCACCCGGCAGCCAUCUCCCUGUUACUCCUUCACCCGUAGCCCAUCUCCCUGUUACUCCUUCACCUGGCAGCCAUCUCCCUGGUACUCCUUCACCCUCUCACUAUAACAGGAUGGCACUGCUACAGCCAGUUGCUGAGUAGGGAGAACUCUCCUCUAAUCGCCGAUACUGGGUCAGAUAUAUUUGUUUAUAAUAAAUAAUAAUAAUAAUAUGCCAUUUAGCAGACGCUUUUGUCCAAAGCGACUUACAGUCAUGCGUGCAUAUAUUUUUUUACGUAUGGGUGGUCCCGGGGAUCGAACCCACUACCCUGCUAAUAGUUAGGAUUGGGGAGGGGCAAUCUGAUCCUAGAUCUGUGGUUAGGGGCAAUGUCUGUUUGGCUGCUCUCACUAGUCAAUGGGUAUUUUGGAGAUUUACUGCUCCAUCCAUUCAUUUCCUUCAGCCCCAGGCUGUGGCUACACAAUGUGUGUUUGUUGACAAGUGCCUGGGUAAUGGGAUGGUGACACAGCUGGCUCCGCCCAUUCAGUGGUGGGUGUCUCCUCCUCACUUCCUGCUGAAAGCCACAGAGGGAUAUAUUUACCCCAGAAAGACUAAAUGUGUGUCUGUGUGUGUUAAGGGGGGCAGGAGAGACACAGGAGGGUAUAAACAGAGGGGCUUAUUAUUCUCUGUGGAGUUUGGCUGAGAGUAGAGGGAAGUGACUAACAGAAAGGCCUCAAAUCCCCCAGUCUCUUAAUGAAGUCUAAAUGGGAAGGAUGGACCCCAAUAGAUCACGUUUUAUUGACUAAUCAUCACAAUAAUGAAGUGGGGUCAAGGAGAACGACUUACAUACAACAUGGCCCUACCAAACCAUGUUGUGUUUCUCUCUCUCUUGUGUGGUGUAGGUGACUGUCGUCCUAUAGCUGUGUGUGUGUGGGUCACCGUAAAAGGCUCCUAACCUUUUUUUGUCCCUGUUGUGUAGGUGACUGCCCGGUCCUAUGCUGUGUGUGUGGGGUCACCAGUAAAGGCUCCUACCUGUUCUCUGCUCUUUUGUGUGUAGGGGACUGUCGGUCCUAUAGCCUUGUUGGUGGGGGUCACCAGUAAAGGGGGCUCCUAACCUGUUCUCUGUCUCUGUGUGUAGGGUGACUGUCGUCCAUUAUGUUGGGGGUCCAAAGGCUUAACCGUUCCUGCGUGUUUAUUUUUAAGUAUGGUGGGUCCCAUAGAGCCCUACCUGCUCUGUUGUGUGGGGAGGGCCUAUCUAUUGUGUGGGCAAUAGGCUCCUAACUUUCUGUCUUUUGUGAGGUGCUUCCUAUGCUUGUGUUGGUCCCAGUGAGGCUCCAACCUGUUCUCUGUUCUGUGUGGUAGGGUGACUGUCGUCCAUUCAAUGUGUGUGGGGUCAUCUCCUACUUUCUGCUGUGUGAGGACUGUCGUAUAUAUUUUGUCCCAGAAAGACUCAACUGUUUGUCUGUGUGUGUUGUAGGGUGCGUGUAUAGCUAUUGUGGGGGUCAUAUAAAGAGCCCUAUGUUCUCUUCUGUGGUGUUGGGGUGUAGGUAUGCGGUAAUAGCUAACCAAAAGGCCUAACCUUCCUGUCUCUGUGUGUUGGGACUGUGGCCUAUACAGUUUUCCCCUAAAGCUCCUAAUGUUUUUUGUUGGUAGGUGACGUCUUAUACAAUGGGGUCCCAAAGGCUCUAACCUGUUCUCUGUGUGUGUGUAGGGUGACUGUCGGUCCUUAGCUAUGUUGUGGGGUCACCAGUAAAGAGGCUCCUAACCUGUUCUCUCUUUCGUCGUGUGUGUAGGGUGACGUCGGUCCUAUAGCUAUGUGUGUGGGGUCACCAGUAAAGAGGCUCCUAACCUGUUCUGUCCUUCUGUUCUGUGUUUGGGGACUGUCGUCCUUAGCUGUGUGUGGGGUCACCAUAAAGAGGCUCCUAACCUGUUCUCUGUUCUGUGUGGUCAGGGUGCUGUCGGUCCUAUAGCUAGGGUGUGUGGGGUCACCAGUAAAGAGGCUCCUAACCUGUUCUCUGUCUCUGUGUGUGUGUAGGGUGACUGUCGGUCCUAUAGCUAUGUGUGUGGGGUCACCAGUAAAGAGGCUCCUAACCUGUUCUCUGUCUCUGUGUUGUGUAGGGUGACUGUCGGUCCUAUAGCUAUUGUUGUGGGUCACCAGUAAAGAGGCUCCUAACCUGUUCUCUGUCUCUUUCUGUUUUAUGUUGUAGGGUGACUGUGGGUACCUAUAGCUAUGUGUGGGGGUCACCAGUAAAGAGGCUCCUAACCUGUUCUCUGUCUCUUUCUGUCUCUGUGUGUGUAGGGUGACUGUCGUCCUAUAGCUAUGGUAGUGUAGUGUUCAGUAUCUCUCUCUGUUUGGGCUCUGUGGUCAACUUGCCUGGGUACCCAAACUCCUUGCUCCGUCCAAAUGCCACGCCCACAGAUGUUCGUUUCUUCUCAGCAAUGCGUCUGGAUCUGAGUACCUCCCUGACUAUUUCUAGAACGCAAACACAUUCUGACCUUACUGAUUGGUCCCAGAAACCGAGGGGUUGGGCCAGAGCCAGAACACACAUGGGUAAAGCAGCAUUUAAAAAUGUGUUAUUGGCUUGGAUACUCUGAUUGGUUAGAAAUUAUCCAAUCACUGAUGACUUUGUUUUGUACAACACCCCUCAUUUUGACAUCACCACAAACGACUUCAACGAUGGGAGUCUCAGACUGAAGUAUGUAGGGAACAAUUCAGUUUGAGUCAUCAGGCAAUUGCUUAACAACGCCUACUAUGAUACAAUGGGCUAUAUGUCUGUCUGUCCCACUACAUUACCUAGGCUAUAUGUCUCUGUCUGUCCCACUACAUUACCUAGGCUAUAUGUCUCUGUCUGUCCCACUACAUUACCUAGGCUAUAUGUCUCUGUCUGUCCCACUACAUUACCUACGCUAUAUGUCUCUGUCUGUCCCACUACAUUACCUAGGCUAUAUGUCUCUGUCUGUCCCACUACAUUACCUACGCUAUAUGUCUCUGUCUGUCCCACUACAUUACCUGGGCUAUAUGUCUCUCUGUCCCACUACAUUACCUAGGCUAUAUGUCUCUCUGUCCCACUACAUUACCUAGGCUAUAUGUCUCUGUCUGUCCCACUACAUUACCUGGGCUAUAUGUCUCUCUGUCCCACUACAUUACCUAGGCUAUAUGUCUCUGUCUGUCCCACUACAUUACCUACGCUAUAUGUUCUCUCUGUCCCACUACAUUACCUGGGCUAUAGUCUCUGUCUGUCCCACUACAUUACCUGGGCUAUAUGUCUCUCUGUCCCCACUACAUUACCUAGGCUAUAUGUCUCUGUCUGUCCCACUACAUUACCUAGGCUAUAUGUCUCUCUGUCCCACUACAUUACCUAGGCUAUAUGUCUCUGUCUGUCCCACUACAUUACCUAGGCUAUAUGUCUCUCUGUCCCACUACAUUACCUAGGCUAUAUGUCUCUCUGGUCCCACUACAUUACCUAGGCUAUAUGUCUCUCUGUCCCACUACUUACCUAGGCUAUAUGUCUCUCUGUCCCACUACAUUACCUAGGCUAUAUGUCUCUCUGUCCCCUACAUUACCUAGGCUAUAUUCUCUGUCUGUCCCACUACAUUUACCUAGCUAUAUGUCUCUCUGUCCCACUACAUUACCUAGGCUAAUAUGUCUCUCUGUCCCACUACAUUACCUAGGCUCUGUGGUCAACAACAGCCUCUGACCCAGUGGCUAUAUGUCUCUGUCUGUUUUUUCCAUCGGUUUCUUUUCGCGAAUCCAUACAAGCUUUGUUUGCAUUAAAGAGCAGAUCCAUAGUGUCUACACUGUAGAACAGACAACACCACAACCGACAAACCUCUGUCUCAUUCUAUCUUUCUCUACUUCCUUUUCUGUCCCUCCUUCUCUGACAGUGUUGUGGUGUAGCUAGCCUAAUGUUAGCCAGGACUAGUUAACACUCCCCCGUUACUCCUUCACCCGGCAGCCAUCUCCCCGUUACUCCUUCACCCGGCCGCCAUCUCCAGUUACUCCUUCACCCGGCAGCCAUCUCCCUGUUACUCUUCACCCGGCAGCCAUCUCCCUGGUACUCCCUUCACCCGGCAGCCAUCUCCCUGGUACUCCUUCACCCGGCAGCCCAUCUCCCGUUACUCCCUCACCCGGCAGCCAUCUCCCCGUUAAUCCUUCACCCGGCAGCCCAUCUCCCGUUACCCCCCUCACCCGGCAGCCAUCUCCCCGUUACUCCUUCUCCCGGCAGCCAUCUCCCCGUUACUCCUUCACCCGGCAGCCAUCUCCCCGUUACCCCCUCACCCGGCAGCCAUCUCCCACGUUACCUCAUUCCUGCCCGGCAGCCAUCUCCCCGUUACCCCUUCACCGGCAGCCAUCUCCCCGUUACCCCCUCACCCGGCAGCAUCUCCCCGUUACUCCUUCUCCCGGCAGCCAUCUCUCCGUUACUCCUUCUCCCGGCAGCCAUCUCCCCGUUACUCCAUCUCCCCAAAUAAAUGCCCACCACAACCAUGACUGACCCACCGCCAAACCGGUCAUGCUGGAGGAUGUUGCAGAACGUUCUCCACGGCGUCUCCAGACUCUGUCACGUCUGUCACAUGUGCUCAGUGUGAACCUGCUUUCAUCUGUGAAGAGCACAGGGCGCCAGUGGCGAAUUUGCCAAUCUUGGUGUUCUCUGGCAAAUGCCAAACGUCCUGCACGGUGUUGGGCUGUAAGCACAACCCCCACCUAUGGACGUCGGGCCCUCAUACCACCCUCAUGGAGUCUGUUUCUGACCGUUUGAGCAGACCCAUGCACAUUUGUGGCCUGCUGGAGCUCAUUUUGCAGGGCUCUGGCAGUGCUCCUCCUUGCACAAAGGCGGAGGUAGCGGUCCUGCUGCUGGGUUGUUGCCCUCCUACGGCCUCCCUCCUUACUCCUUCACCCGGCAGCCAUCUCCCCGUUACUCCUUCACCCGGCAGCCAUCUCCCAGUUACUCCUUCACCCGGCAGCCAUCUCCCUGUUACUCCUUCACCCGGCAGCCAUCUCCCUGGUACUCCUUCACCCGGCAGCCACCUCCCCGUUACUCCUUCACCCGGCAGCCAUCUCCCUGGUACUCCUUCACCCGGCAGCCAUCUCCCUGUUACUCCUUCACCCGGCAGCCAUCUCCCCGUUACCCCCUCACCCGGCAGCCAUCUCCCCGUUACUCCUUCUCCCGGCAGCCAUCUCCCCGUUACUCCUUCUCCCGGCAGCCAUCUCCCCGUUACUCCUUCACCCGGCAGCCAUCUCCCUGUUACUCCUUCACCCGGCAGCCAUCUCCCUGGUACUCCUUCUCCCGGCAGCCAUCUCCCCGUUACUCCUUCUCCCGGCAGCCAUCUCCCCGUUACUCCUUCACCCGGCAGCCAUCUCCCUGUUACUCCUUCACCCGGCAGCCAUCUCCCUGUUACUCCUUCACCUGGCAGCCAUCUCCCUGGUACUCCUUCACCCUCUCACUAUAACAGGAUGGCACUGCUACAGCCAGUGCUGAGUAGGUAGAACUCUCCUCUAAUCGCCGAUACUGGGUCAGAUAUAUUUGUUUAUAAUAAUAAUAAUAAUAAUAUGCCAUUUAGCAGACGCUUUUGUCCAAAGCGACUUACAGUCAUGCGUGCAUAUAUUUUUUUACGUAUGGGUGGUCCCGGGGAUCGAACCCACUACCCUGCUAAUAGUUAGGAUUGGGGAGGGGCAAUCUGAUCCUAGAUCUGUGGUUAGGGGCAAUGUCUGUUUGGCUGCUCUCACUAGUCAAUGGGUAUUUUGGAGAUUUACUGCUCCAUCCAUUCAUUUCCUUCAGCCCCAGGCUGUGGCUACACAAUGUGUGUUUGUUGACAAGUGCCUGGGUAAUGGGAUGGUGACACAGCUGGCUCCGCCCAUUCAGUGGUGGGUGUCUCCUCCUCACUUCCUGCUGAAAGCCACAGAGGGAUAUAUUUACCCCAGAAAGACUAAAUGUGUGUCUGUGUGUGUUAAGGGGGGCAGGAGAGCCACAGGAGGGUAUAAACAGAGGGGCUUAUUAUUCUCUGUGGAGUUUGGCUGAGAGUAUAGGGAAAUGACUAACAGAAAGGCCUCAAAUCCCCCAGUCUCUUAAUGAAGUCUAAAUGGGAAGGAUGGACCCCAAUAGAUCACGUUUUAUUGACUAAUCAUCACAAUAAUGAAGUGUUGGUCAAGAGAGAAUGACUAUAGCAUACAACAGUGGUCCUAGCCAAAGCUCUAGUGUGUGUUUUCUCUCUCUCUCUGUGUGUGUGUGUAGGGUGACUGUCGGUCCUAUAGCUAUGUGUGUGGGGUCACCAGUAAAGAGUUUCCUAACCUGUUCUCUGUCUCUGUGUGUGUAGGGUGACUGUCGGUCCUAUAGCUAUGUGUGUGGGGUCACCAGUAAAGAGGCUCCUAACCUGUUCUGUCUCUGUGUGUGUAGGGUGACUGUCGGUCCUAUAGCUGUGUGUGUGGGGUCACCAGUAAAGAGGCUCCUAACCUGUUCUCUGUCUCUCUGUGUGUGUAGGGUGACUGUCGGUCCUAUAGCUAUGUGUGGGGGGUCACCAGUAAAGAGGCUCCUAACCUGUUCUGUCUCUGUGUGUGUAGGGUGACUGUCGGUCCUAUAGCUAUGUGUGUGGGGUCACCAGUAAAGAGGCUCCUAACCUGUUCUGUCUCUGUGUGUGUAGGGUGACUGUCGGUCCUAUAGCUGUGUGUGUGGGGUCACCAGUAAAGAGGCUCCUAACCUGUUCUCUGUCUCUUUCUCUCUCUGUGUGUGUAGGGUGACUGUCGGUCCUAUAGCUAUGUGUGUGGGGUCACCAGUAAAGAGGCUCCUAACCUGUUCUCUGUCUCUUUCUGUCUCUGUGUGUGUAGGGUGACUGUCGUCCUAUAGCUAUGGUAGUGUAGUGUUCAGUAUCUCUCUCUGUUUGGGCUCUGGUCAACUUGCCUGGGUACCCAAACUCCUUGCUCCGUCGAAAUGCCACGCCCACAGAUGUUCGUUUCUUCUCAGCAAUGCGUCUGGAUCCGAGUACCUCCCUGACUAUUUCUAGAACGCAAACACAUUCUGACCUUACUGAUUGGUCCCAGAAUCCGAGGGGUUGGGCCAGAGCCAGAACACACAUGGGUAAAGCAGCAUUUAAAAAUGUGUUAUUGGCUUGGAUACUCUGAUUGGUUAGAAAUUAUCCAAUCACUGAUGACUUUGUUUUGUACAACACCGCUCAUUUUGACAUCACCACAAACGACUUCAACGAUGGGAGUCUCAGACUGAAGUAUGUAGGGAACAAUUCAGUUUGAGUCAUCAGGCAAUUGCUUAACAACGCCUACUAUGAUACAAUGGGCUAUAUGUCUGUCUGUCCCACUACAUUACCUAGGCUAUAUGUCUCUGUCUGUCCCACUACAUUACCUAGGCUAUAUGUCUCUCUGUCCCACUACAUUACCUAGGCUAUAUGUCUCUCUGUCCCCACUACAUUACCUAGGCUAUAUGUCUCUGUCUGUCCCACUACAUUACCUAGGCUAUAUGUCUCUCUGUCCCACUACCUACUAGCUAUAUGUCUCUCUGUCCCACUACAUUACCUAACAUGUUCUGUCCCCUACAUACCUGGCUUAUGUCUCUCUGUCCACUACAUUACCUAGGGCUUAUGUCUCUCUGUCCCACUACAUUACCUAGGUAUAGUCUCUCUGUACCACUACAUACCUGCUUAUUCUCUCUGUCCCCUAAUUCCCAGGCUAUAUGUCUCUGUCUGUCCCACUACAUUCCUAGGCUAUAUGUCGUCUGUCUGUCCACUCAUUACAUAGGCUAUAUGUCUCUCUGUCCCACACUUACCUAGGUAUAUGGCUCGUCUGUCCACUACUUACCUAGGCUAAUGUCUCGUCUGUCCACUCAUUAACCUAGGCUAUAUGUCUCUCUGUCCCUACAUUACCUAGGCUAUAUGUCUCUCUGUCCCACUAAUUACCGGGUAUAUGUCUCUCUGUCCCACACAUUACCUAGGCUAAUGUCUCUCUGUCUCACUACAUUCCUAGGGUAUAUGUCCUGUCGUCCCACUACAUUACCUAGGCUAUAUGUCUCUGUCUGUCCCACUACAUUACCUAGGCUAUAUGUCUCUGUCUGUCCCACUACAUUACCUAGGCUAUAUGUCUCUCUGUCCCACUACAUUACCUAGGCUAUAUGUCUCUCUGUCCCACUACAUUACCUAGGCUAUAUGUCUCUGUCUGUCCCACUACAUUACCUAGGCUAUAUGUCUCUCUGUCCCACUACAUUACCUAGGCUAUAUGUCUCUCUGUCCCACUACAUUACCUAGGCUAUAUGUCUCUCUGUCCCACUACAUUACCUAGGCUAUAUGUCUCUCUGUCCCACUACAUUACCUAGGCUAUAUGUCUCUCUGUCCCACUACAUUACUAGGCUAUAUGUCUCUGUCUGUCCCACUACAUUACCUAGGCUAUAUGUCUCUCUGUCCCACUACAUUACCUAGGCGAUAUGUCUCUCUGUCCCACUACAUUACCUAGGCUAUAUGUCUCUCUGUCCCACUACAUUACCUAGGCUAUAGUUCUCUCUGUCCCCUACAUUACCUAGGCUAUAUGUCUCUCUGUCCACUACAUUACCUAGGCUUAUAUGGGCUCUGGAUACUUUCUGGGAUUGGUUCUCUGUCCCACUACAUUACCUAGGCUGAUGCUUGUCUGUCCCACACAUUACCUGGCUAUUGUCUGUCUGUCCCACUACAUGACCUACUAAUGUCUCUCGUCCACAAUUAUAGGCUAUAGGCUCGUCUGUCAGCAAUACUAGGCUAUUGCUUCGCCCCUACAUUACCUGGCUAUAUGUCUCUGUCUGUCCCACUACAUUACCUAGGCUAUAUGUCUCUCUCUGUCCCACUACAUUACCUAGGCUAUAUGUCUCUGUCUGUCCCACUACAUUACCUAGGCUAUAUGUCUCUCUCUGUCCCACUACAUUACCUAGGCUAUAUGUCUCUCUGUCCCACUACAUUACCUAGGCUAUAUGUUCUCGUCUGUCCCACUACAUUACCUAGGCUAUAUGUCUCUCUGUCCCACUACAUUACCUAGGCUAUAUGUCUCUCUGUCCCACUACAUUACCUAGGCUAUAUGUCUCUGUCUGUCCCACUACAUUACCUAGGCUAUAUGUCUCUGUCUGUCCCACUACAUUACCUAGGCUAUAUGUCUCUGUCUGUCCCACUACAUUACCUAGGCUAUAUGUCUCUCUGUCCCACUACAUUACCUAGGCUAUAUGUCUCUCUGUCCCACUACAUUACCUAGGCUAUAUGUCUCUCUGUCCCACUACAUUACCUAGGCUAUAUGUCUCUCUGUCCCACUACAUUACCUAGGCUAUAUGUCUCUCUGUCCCACUACAUUACCUAGGCUAUAUGUCUCUCUGUCCCACUACAUUACCUAGGCUAUAUGUCUCUCUGUCCCACUACAUUACCUAGGCUAUAUGUCUCUCUGUCCCACUACAUUACCUAGGCUAUAUGUCUCUGUCUGUCCCACUACAUUACCUAGGCUAUAUGUCUCUGUCUGUCCCACUACAUUACCUAGGCUAUAUGGUCAACAACAGCCUCUGACCCAGUGGGCUAUAUGUCUCUGUCUGUUUUUCCAUCGGUUUCUUUCGCGAAUCCAUACAAGCUUUGUUUGCAUUAAAGGAGCAAUCCAUAGUGUCUACACUGUAGAACAGACAACACAGAACAGUACAAACCUCUGUCUCAUUCUAUCUUUCUCUACUUCCUUUUCUGUCCCUCCUUCUCUGACAGUGUGUGGUGUAGCUAGGCCUAAUGUUAGCCAGGACUAGUUUAACACUCCCCGUUACUCCUUCACCCGGCAGCCAUCUCCCAGUUACUCCUUCACCCGGCAGCCAUCUCCCCGUUACCCCCUCACCCGGCAGCCAUCUCCCCGUUACUCCUUCUCCCGGCAGCCAUCUCCCCGUUACUCCUUCACCCGGCAGCCAUCUCCCUGUUACUCCUUCUCCCGGCAGCCAUCUCCCCGUUACUCCUUCACCCGGCAGCCAUCUCCCCGUUACUCCUUCACCCGGCAGCCAUCUCCCUGUUACUCCUUCACCCGGCAGCCAUCUCCCUGGUACUCCUUCACCCUCUCACUAUAACAGGAUGGCACUGCUACAGCCAGGGCUGAGUAGGUAGAACUCUCCUCUAAUCGCCGAUACUGGGUCAGAUAUAUUUGUUUAUAAUAAUAAUAAUAAUAAUAAUAAUAUGCCAUUUAGCAGACGCUUUUGUCCAAAGCGACUUAUAGUCAUGCGUGCAUAUAUUUUUUACGUAUGGGUGGUCCCGGGGAUCGAACCCACUACCCUGCUAAUAGUUAGGAUUGGGGAGGGGCAAUCUGAUCCUAGAUCUGUGGUUAGGGGCAAUGUCUGUUUGGCUGCUCUCACUAGUCAAUGGGUAUUUUGGAGAUUUACUGCUCCAUCCAUUCAUUUCCUUCAGCCCCAGGCUGUGGCUACACAAUGUGUGUUUGUUGACAAGUGCCUGGGUAAUGGGAUGGUGACACAGCUGGCUCCGCCCAUUCAGUGGUGGGUGUCUCCUCCUCACUUCCUGCUGAAAGCCACAGAGGGAUAUAUUUACCCCAGAAAGACUAAAUGUGUGUCUGUGUGUGUUAAGGGGGGCAGGAGAGACACAGGAGGGUAUAAACAGAGGGGCUUAUUAUUCUCUGUGGAGUUUGGCUGAGAGUAUAGGGAAAUGACUAACAGAAAGGCCUCAAAUCCCCCAGUCUCUUAAUGAAGUCUAAAUGGGAAGGAUGGACCCCAAUAGAUCAUGUUUUAUUGACUAAUCAUCACAAUAAUGAAGUGUUGGUCAAGAGAGAACGACUAUAGCAUACAACAGUGGUCCUAGGCAAAGCUCUAUCGUGUGUUUUCUCUCUCUCUCUGUGUGUGUGUGUGUAGGGUGACUGUCGGUCCUAUAGCUGUGUGUGGGGGGUCAGCAGUAAAGAGGCUCCUAACCUGUUCUCUGUCUCUGUGUGUGUAGGGUGACUGUCGGUCCUAUAGCUAUGUGUGUGGGGUCACCAGUAAAGAGGCUCCUAACCUGUUCUGUCUCUGUGUGUGUAGGGUGACUGUCGGUCCUAUAGCUAUGUGUGUGGGGUCACCAGUAAAGAGGCUCCUAACCUGUUCUCUGUCUCUGUGUGUGUAGGGUGACUGUCGGUCCUAUAGCUAUGUGUGUGGGGUCACCAGUAAAGAGGCUCCUAACCUGUUCUCUGUCUCUUUCUGUUUCUGUGUGUGUAGGGUGACUGUCGGUCCUAUAGCUAUGUGUGUGGGGUCACCAGUAAAGAGGCUCCACACUGGGAAUCACUGAUGUUCCUGGCCAGACUCAUCCCUCGCAUGUGCCACACCAUCAACAGGUAACACAGUACAUGUUAGUAGAUGAAGUAAAACCUUUACUGCUAGCAGGAUGCCAUAUGGACUGUCUGUGUCUUUGCUCUCUCCUGCCUCCCUCCAGAGUUGUGUAUGUAUUUGGGUCCCACGUGAAGGAGCCUCCCACAGACAUCACCCCCACCUUCCUUACCACAGGCGUUCUCAGCACACUCAGACAGGCAGACUUCGUGGCUCACUCCAUCCUCAGAGAGUCUGGUAAGUGGUUUCCUGCUUCAGGAGGGGAGCAGAAUGGCUGGAUUCAGUGUGGAGCGGGGAAUAGAGUAUAGAACUACAAUGUAUAGAACUCUAGGGAUGUGGAGCGGGGAAUAGAGUAUAGAACUACAAUGUAUAGAACUACAAUGUAUAGAACUCUAGGGAUGUGGAGCGGGGAAUAAAGUAUAGAACUACAAUGUAUAGAACUCUAGGGAGGUGCACGCUUAUUAGAAUAGCCAAACGGACGUUAGUAUUCAAAUACUUGUGAGAGUAUUCAUUUUUGCGAGAGAGAACAAUUAUAGGCCUAUUUUAACACUGAAAAGGCUUUUUCUGAAUUAAAUUAAAAUAUCCAUGUGACUUUGUUACAUACAAGGAUAUACCAUGACAUUUCAAAUUAUUAAUGUAUUGAAACAACACACUUCAAGGUAAGUUGUUGAUGUGCACGGUGCGCCCCAUAAAAAGACUGGUAGCUUGUUUGUUGGCCAAUCAAAGCAGCAAAGAGGCUCAAUGUGGAGCAAAUAGAGUGAGAGUUCACUAAUGCAAUGCAAGAUGGAAUAAAAUUACGGAAUUAAAAGUUAGCGGAAGGAGAAGGCUACAGUGAGCAACCAACAGGUAGGCUGUUGUUUUAUCUUAAUGGGGUUGGGGAGAAAACACAGCAUGUAGCCUCAAUUACCCUAGCUAGCUUCUCUAGGUUACUCCAGUCAAGACGGGCACUGUUAUAUGGGAUGAUGAAUACGGUUGUGGCUGCUACAAGUUAGCUAGUGCUGCGUUGGCGUCUCUCUCUCUCUCUCUCACCCUCCGUCUGCUCACUCCAAUCUCUCACACACCACCUCCGCAGCUGCAGCAAUAGAGUGCCAGCCUCUCUCCCUCGCGCAGCAGUGCUCAGGUUAAAACAUUACGUUUAACAAAAACACAUGUGUAUCCGUCAAAAAAAAAUCAUGAUGCUAUUCGAAUAGUGAAAUUAUUUCAAACCCCCCAGCCCGGUAGAACACACUUCCCUUAUGAACUGCUCAUUGCUAACCCUGUCUGGUGUGGUAACCCUCUUUCUCCCAGGUUACUCUGGUAAGAUCAGUCAGAUGCCGGUCAUCCUGACCCCUCUGCACUUUGACCGCGAUUCCUCACAGAGGCAGCCGUCCUGCAGGCGCUCUGUGGUCGUCAGAACCUUUAUCACCAGUGACUUCAUGACCGGGAUACCUGCCACGCCCGGAAACCACAUCCCUGAAGAGGUACUACCGCUAGCCAUGAGAUGGGGAUUAGUCAGGCAGACAUUGUUUUAUUGCACCCAGUAUAGAUGUAUAAAUCACGUUUUCCAACCCUUUUCACUUUUUCUCUCCAUCUCUCACGUCUCCUCAGGUAGUGCUGAAGAUGGUGAAUGAGAUCAAGAAGAUCCCUGGCAUCUCCAGGGUGAUGUUUGACCUGACCUCCAAACCUCCCGGCACCACAGAGUGGGAGUAGAGCUUGUGGGGAGAGCGAGAGAAGGAAGGAGUGGUGAGCUCCUCUCUUCCUCCUCUUCUCCUCCUCCUUUCAUUCCUUCUCCUAACACCUCCACACUCCACUGGCCUGCAACCCCCCCCCCCCCCCCCCCCCCCCCCAUCUCACCCCCCCUUUCCGAUCACCCCCCUCUAGAACAUUCCCAUGGGAAGCAGGCAGUACUGUGACCAGCGCACACCUGAAGCCGCUACUCUGCCCCCCCCCCCCCUCUCAAUUUUUGGGAGGGGUGUUUGUAUUAUAGUUAUUAUCGAUAUGACUAUUCAACCUUCAUUUUGGAUCAGUUUCUUCAUGCGUGACAAUGCAUUAUUUUUCCGUCUUUGGUGUAAGUGCUGCUUCCUGUUUGGAAACGGCCAGUUGAGAUCAAGGGUUAAGAGUCCGAGAGUUCAGGAAGUGGAUUGUGUACACGGCGUGCCUCAGAUGGCAGCGUGAGACCAACAACAGAAGAAAACAAAAGAACAUACUUGUAUGACAUAAAGGAGAAUGCACAGCAGCCAGUGGCUUAAAGUUAUCCAUCGCGUUUUGGCUUUUUUUUUGUUCCACUUACGACGGUUAUUUUUGUCCCAAGAUUAUUUUUACUCAUCCAUUUCCGAUCCAACUGUAUACUGUGCAAAGAGACAGACAGGGGCUGCCUGUCCAACGUCAUUAAAUGUUUUGCCAAAUGUAGAUAAGAUGUGGUGAAAUUUGAUCUGGGUUCUUGGCUCUUGUUGACGAUCCACUUUAAUUAAAAAUUGUGAUGUUAAGCUACCAACAGCGGUCAACGGAAAAUAUUAGUUUAUUUUCAGAGAUGUGUAACUGUGGGAAGCCCCCAAAAUGACGGUGUGUCCUUUUCUGUGCCUGUUUUUCUUUACAUUUCUGCUCCUUCUUUAUUUGACCUGACUGUUUUUUUUUUUUCAUGCUGCAAAUAUAUGCUUUUUAAGAGAAACAAGAGGACUGAGAAUGAAUUAAGAUGUUAGUAAUAGUCAAAACAACCAUUGAUGUGUGAACGUCAUCUUCAUCAUCACCAUACUGGCACGUGGCACCUCCUACAGUGGUGUCAUCUUCAUCAUCACCAUACUGGCACGUGGCACCUCCUACAGUGGUGUAGGAGCAACUUCUGCACGUAAAGCCUUGGUGCUUUCCUGACGCGUAGGGAAGGGAUAGUACUCCCAGCUGAUGGAUCUUUAAAACACAAUCACGAAAGCAUCCCUCCUUUUUUUUUUUAUAGGGUCAAAUUGAAGACUGGCAGUGGCCAUCUUGGAACAUUUAAUCUACUAGAGGACUCCCGAGUAGGCAUUCUCAGUGACCUGGCUGUCAGCUCAAUGUUUUCAACACUCAUUUACUGA